AAAGCAGGACGAACCAUCAUUUUGACCACUCACUUUAUGUAAGUGUUGCCCAGGGGCUUGAUAUACAUCGGUGGAUGUAAGAUGCGUUGUCAAAAAGCACAGUCAUCGAUACAAGAUUAAAAAAAAAUCUUAAGAAAAUUAUUUAGUUCAGAUCUUGAAAUUCCGGUCUUAAGGUGCUUAUUGCUAAUAUCAUAAAAAAAGAAGAAAAUUCCCCCGCUGUGAGUGAUUUUGGCUGUAAUUUAUAAAACGAGCAGGAGUUUAUUAUCCGGUUUAAAAAUUCGAGGCUUCGUCUCCUAUUGAUAAAACACGAUUCCGAUUUUUUUUGAACGGCUUCAAAAGCUCUGAUAUAGAUUAACUAAUUCUUGCACUUAUAUUUAGAUUUGGAGUUAUUUUCCUCCAAAAAAAUUGGACGUAACGUUUAGGCGUGUCUUUAUUAGGUACACUUAUUAAACAGGAAUUUCUUUUGUGUUUUGUUUUUUCUUUAUGAAUUAUUAAUGAGUUUUUGAAGCUGGAAGCGAAACAGUUUUUGAAUUCAAACAAAAAAAUAGGACGUGAAUAAACCACCCGACGGUCUUUUUUUUGUGAACUUAAGUAUGUUUUCUUAACAAUGCAGAAGGGCCAAAAGAUCAAUGGCGAUAUACCGAUUUUUGUUUUCUUUUUUCAGGGAUGAAGCAGACUUGCUUGGAGAUCGAAUCGCUAUUAUGGCUGAUGGGCAGUUACGUUGUUGUGGAAGUUCUUUGUUUCUCAAAAGCCGGUUAGCUGCAUCGCUUUUAAUUACUUGUUAUGUAACAGCAAAAUAUUUCUUAGGAUCACACUAGAAACGAAGUUAGUUGCAAGUAAGCACUUGAUUCAAGUAUACUUGGAAAUCUUAAGUCGCUCUGUAGAAAACAUGGCUUCACACUUGUUGACGAAGUCUAUCACUUGAAGUUAAAGCUGUCAAUCUCUCCGAUCAUGAGAAUGUUGGAACCGCCGCACGUGCACAUCGUGCACAUGGCUUCCAUAUCUUAAGAUGAUGUUACAUGGAACGAUUCGCAACGUAGAUUUUUAGCGCAACAAAGCUUUGCAACAUUGUUGCGACAUUGUUUCGAAUAGUUCCAACAUUGUUCCAACAUUGCAACGCUGUGUUGCGUUAAAAAUCGUCGUUGCGAAUUGUCUCAUAUAACAUCACCUUUAUUGGUCAAGUGUGUUCUCAAGUGUGGUGCAGACCAUAGUUCGGCUUCUUUGAACUACGAACAUUUCCAUGGUCACCCUGCAAGUAAAGUUGAAGUAGCUACAUUUUACCCCUUCGCACUCAAAGAAGGCUCCAAGUUCACUUACCUUAUACUUAAAGCUCUAGUGUGAAGCCAACAAUUACCAUCAGUGUUGUAUGUUUAUUUUAUUGACUGCAUUUAUGCCAUAAGUAGCUUUUACUGGUGUUUUUUUGGUUGCUGUUUCUAGAUAUGGCGUGGGGUAUCACUUAACUUUGGUCAAAAGAGAAAGCUGCGAUGAAGAUGCCAUCUCAAACCUGGUGAAAAGCCACGUGCCAAAAGCAGAAAUUAUCAGU